UAUGGCAGCGCCCAAUGAUUCGCAAAUGUCAAAUGAUAAAUCGUCAAAUACUUUUUAUUUAGACAAGAAUCCACCCGAUAUGGAAUUCUUUAAGAUGUAUAUGAAUAAGUUUGAGAACUGUGACUACUUCAAAACAGAGUUUGAGACAUGCAAACAUUGGAAGUCAAAAAUAAACCAGAAAUACCUGUAUGGCGAAACACUAGACUGUAGCCAUGAUGAACAGAUGUAUGACAUGUGCAUGGACUACCAACGAACCAGCGACAAAAAUCUGGAGCACCAGUUGGCAUUUCAAGAGUACAGCCGUUCUCUGUUCCGGCGUCAAAAUGCACGGGAAAAUGAUGUAUGGGAGUACCGCACGGAGCCUCCGGAAGACUGGAAUCUCCCUAUAGAAUAUAAAACCCCAGAAGAAGAGAAAAAGCUUAAAAAACAAGAAUUGAAACAGAACAAAGAGAGGAUGAAGAGGGAAAAGAGUGACAGUGUAGAUGAUGUAGAGUACCUGAAAGCUGUGGUGUCUGGUAGUGGGAAACAAAAUGAAAGUAACAAACAAUCAGGAAGUGGGGACAAUUCAAAAGAAGAAUUAAUUACCAAAGCAAUGACAGAACAAGGGAAAAAUAGUGGUUGUGUGAUCUCUUGAUAAUUGCUGUAUUAGAUAAGAACUAUGUUCAUUUGUAUAACAAUUAAAUGUUCUAUGUUAUGGGUUUUAUAUGUGUUCCGUAAAAGAUAUUACAAUCAAGUUUAAAGAAUCUGGGAUUAAUAUGAUUCAGUAUUAUUACUUGCAGAAAGAAUAAAAAUAUCAG